AUGCAACAACAACGGUCCCAGCAGUUAUUCGAACGGGCGCAACGAUUCAUCCCCGGCGGCGUCAACAGUCCUGUGCGUUCUUUUCGCGCCGUGGAAGGAACACCCCCAUUCAUCGCCCGCGGAAACGGCGCCCGCGUCUGGGACGUUGACGGUAACGAAUAUAUCGACUACCUCGGGUCCUGGGGACCGCUGGCGCUCGGUCAUGCCCAUCCGGUAAUCGUCGACGCGGUGCAGCGUGCCGCGGCAGACGGCACGUCGUUCGGCGCGCCGGUGGAGCAGGAAGUCCAGCUUGCCGAGAUGAUAUGCCAGGCGCUGCCUUCGGUGGACAUGGUUCGCCUGGUCAAUUCGGGAACCGAGGCCUGCAUGUCCGCGUUACGUCUGGCUCGGGCGUUUACGGGCCGCUCCAAGAUUGUGAAAUUCGCCGGCAACUACCACGGGCACGCCGACGGUUUGUUGGUGCAGGCCGGAUCUGGUGCGCUAACUCACGGGGUUCCCACCAGCGCCGGAGUUCCGGAAUCCUAUGCCGCCGAAACCCUGGUUGCGGCCUACAACGAACUGGAGUCGGUACAAAUCCUGUUCGACGCCUGGCCCAGCGACAUCGCGGCUGUGAUAGUCGAACCCGUGGCCGGGAAUAUGGGGGUCGUACCGCCCGCAGACGGGUUCCUGGACGGAUUGCGGCGCAUCACCGAAUCCCACGGCGCGCUGCUCAUAUUCGACGAGGUGAUUACCGGCUUUCGUGUCGCUUACGGAGGCGCUCAAACCCUCUACGGCAUCGCCCCGGACAUCACCACGAUGGGCAAAAUCAUUGGGGGUGGCUUGCCGGUGGGUGCGUACGGAGGUCGCGCCGACAUUAUGCAGAUGGUGGCUCCCCUGGGGCCCAUGUAUCAGGCGGGAACGUUGUCCGGCAACCCGCUUGCAGUGGCCGCCGGUGUGGCCACGCUCACCGAGAUGCAACGCCCCGGCGUUUACGAUCAGCUCGAAGCGACAGCGGUGCGCUUGACGGAAGGCAUAGCGCAUGCGUUUGCCACCGCGGAGAUGCCAUCCACGAUCAAUCGGGUGGCUUCGAUGUUCACCGGUUUCUUCAAUCCCGGCCCGAUUACGUCCCUGGCGCAGGUGGAGCAGUCGGAUGCGGCAAUAUACGGCCGAUAUUUCCACGCCAUGUUGGAACGCGGGGUUUACAUCGCUCCAUCGCAAUUCGAGGCCGGAUUCGUAUCCAUUGCCCACACAGCAUCCGACAUCGACCGCACCAUAGCCGCCGUUGGCGAAGCGCUGUCCUCGUUGGAACGCUAA